UGUUCAUGCCUGCUCCUCCUCUUCGUCUCUUCUUUUUCUUCUUCUUCUUCUGCUGCGUUGUUGUUUCUCUUCUCAUCCAAACCUCGUCGGUCGCUGCCGCUGGUGAAGGCGGCGUAUUGGCCGUCAACCCACCACCUUCCUUCACCUUCGAGAACCCGAGGCUUCGCAAUGCCUACAUUGCACUCCAGACAUGGAAGUCAUCCAUGUUCUCCGACCCUCUCAACUUCACCGGCAACUGGGUCGGCCCCAACGUUUGCAACUACUCCGGUGUCUACUGCUCCUUCUACCCCUUCAACUCUUCCAUGCGAGUGGUCGCCGGUGUCGAUCUCAACCACGUCGACAUUGCAGGUUUCCUCCCUCCUGAGAUAGGCCUCCUCUCUGAUCUCGCCCUCUUUCACCUCAACUCCAACCGCUUCUGCGGCUCCGUCCCCGACACCUUCCGCCGUAUGAAACUGCUCUUCGAGCUGGACCUCAGCAAUAAUCGCUUCGUGGGGCGCUUCCCUCUCGUGCUGCUGUCCCUCCCAACCCUCAAGUACCUGGAUCUUCGCUUCAAUGAGUUCGAGGGACCCAUUCCCUCUCAGCUCUUCGACAAGGACCUCGAUGCACUCUUCAUCAACUCCAACCGCUUCCGCUUGGGCAUCCCUCAGAAUUUGGGUAACUCCAGAGUCUCUGUCCUGGUCAUGGCCAACAACGAUUUGGGAGGUUGCAUCCCAUCCAGCAUUGGGAAGAUGGGCCCCACCCUCAACGAGAUCAUCCUCUUGAACAACAAUCUCACCGGCUGUCUCCCACCGCAGAUCCGCCAGCUCACCCAAGUCACCGUGUUCGACGUCAGCUUCAACCAUCUCCAGGGCUCCCUCCCUUCAUCCAUUGGCCAGAUGAAAAGUCUGGAGCAGCUGGACGUGGCGCAUAACAGCUUCACCGGAGUUAUUCCGGCAUCGGUCUGCCAGCUGCCGAAUCUGAAAAACUUCACCUAUUCCUAUAACUACUUCACCGGAGAGGCACCGGUGUGUGCCGCUUUGGGUUCUGGUGGGGGAGGAAGAAUGGGGUCAAUGGUGGUGGUGAACGGUCGCAAGAACUGCAUCCCUGGAAAGUCCCAUCAACGGUCAAAGAGGGAGUGUUCCUCCAAUGCUGCGCGACCUGUGGACUGCAGCAAGACCAAAUGCAGAGGAAGAGGGAGACCCGUGCCAUCACCACCAACGCCAACUCGAGCUGGGUCACCAAGACCUUUUGUGAAGCCUUCUCCACCACCCCCAUCUUUCGAAACUUCGCCGUCUACGAGAUCUCACCCUCCACCCCCGCCUUCUUCCGGAACCUCACCGUCCACGAGAUCUCACCCUCCUCCCCCACCUUCUUUCGAAACGUCACCGUCCACGAGAUCUCACUCUCCUCCCCCGCCUUCUUUCGAAACCUCACCGUCCACGAGAUCUCACCCUCCUCCCCCGCCGACGUCACAG